AUGAUGUCUCAGAGGCAGCAUACAGUCCAGCUUCCGUCCAUCACGGAGAUGAUGCGGGAAAUUCAGCCAACCUCAGAUACUCUGGGAAAGCUCCGAUUCAGGGACGAUGACGAGCGUAUAUGUCUAAAGCCGUUCGUUUUCAGAGACCCGAAUUCUCCAGUAGAGAGCCCCUUACAAGUAGUCUCGAAGUUCGAGUCUACGGCGCCACCUAUUUUACCUCUGGAGCCACCUAUUCCUGAUUUGCUAUGUCGAUCACACAAGUACGUUGAGCAACAAUGUGAACCGUCCAACCAGGGGCCACUCAUGCCCCAAGAACCGCACUCCCUGCCCCCAGUGCCAAUACUGGCGUCACCAAUAUCUCACCAACCGCCUCGAGUUGUUACCCCACCCAUGACCUACGCUACUAGCGUGGGGUCUGCUGCGUAUAGCAACGGCGCAGUUGCUGGCUACACUAUUCAGCAGCCGUUUCCUGCUUAUCCCUUACAGUCCCAGUGGCCAGCAAAGGUCAGCAAAUCAACCCAACCGCACGCACUAGGCACUCCUCCGCCGAUUGCUGCUUUCUCGCCAAAGUUCAUCAGCACGUCGCCACCGACCUCUGGGCGACGGCGAGGCAACCUGCCCAAAGACGUCACCAACAUUCUAAGACAAUGGCUGAACUCACACCUCGACAAUCCGUAUCCCAGCGAAGAAGACAAGCGACAGAUCAUGAGGGAGACCGGGUUGUCCAUCGUCCAGGUAUCUAACUGGUUUAUCAACGCGCGGCGAAGAUCAUUGCCCCCCGAGCACCGUCGUCGUGUUCGUCGCUGA